UCCGCGAGGCGCGAACCAAUUUUCGUGACGUCAUAGAUUGUUUGUAUUGACUGGUUUCGGAGUCUAGGCUGGAUGUAGUGAUCUUAACAGAUUUGGAUUUCCUACGGAGAUUUCUUUAGAUUUGACGGAUUGCGGCCAUUAAUAGGUGGUGACGAUGUUACGCCGAGGGGGGAAACGCAUCCGUAUGGAUGAACCCCCUCCUGAAUAUGAUGCCCCACCUAUGACUCCUAUGACCCCGGCCUCAGAGCUUCAAGAACCUUACACACCCUACACCCCGUACACACCCACUGGAGAGACGCCUUUGCAUCAUCCUGAUUAUCAGAUGGGAUAUAACCAAGCAUCUUAUGAUUCAACCCCACAACAUCAUCAACAACAUCCAUCUCAAACUCCACAGCAACACCAUGUUUAUCCUCACCAAGAUUUUGAUCAUCAUCAGCAGCAACAGCAACACUUUCAGCAGCAGCAACAGCAACAGCAGCAGCAGCAGCAACAACAACAGCAGCAACAACAGCAACAGCAGCAGCAACAACAGCAACAACAGCAGCAGCAGCAGCAGCAGCAACAACAACAGCAACAGCAAACACAUUUGGCAUAUCAGCAGCACUUUGAUCAACCUCCACAGCAGCCCUCACAUUAUCAGCCUCAGCAUGAGCAGCAGGCUCCGCCGGAGCUUGAACCAGAACCAGAGCCUGAACAAGAACAGGAGAUGGAAGCUGAUGAUGGUGACGAAGACAUGGACCAAGAUGGUGAUUCUGACGGUGAUGGAGUUGAUGAAGAUGAUGAUGAUGAGCAACCAGAGCAACCUCAUGAGCCCAUACCCCGUUUGACUAUAUCCAUCCGAGGUGGCAGAGGUAGAGGGAGAGGAAGAGGCAGGAUUGCUACAAUCAAGAAAAUUGGUGAUCAGUAUGUUGGGGAACAGCCUAGAAAACGUGGUCGUCCUGGAAGGAAACCUAUUACAGAGAUGAUGGCAGAAGAUGAAAGUUCCCUCUACUUUAUAGUGAAGAAUGGUCGAAUAGCUUUGGCACAAGUUGUAGAUGAUUGGAUCGACUCUUACAAGGAUAACAGAGAUGCUGCUCUGCUUCAGUUGAUGCAGUUUUUCAUCAAUGCAGCUGGCUGUAAAGGAAAAAUUACGGCUCAUAUGCAGGCUACCAUGGAGCAUGCUGAAAUUAUCCGAAGGAUGACAGAGGAAUUUGAAGAGGAAAGUGGUGAGUAUCCCUUGAUCCAGGGAGGGCAGCAGUGGAAGAAGUUUCGGAGCAACUUCAGCGAAUUUGUUCAACUUUUGGUGAAGCAGUGCCAAUAUUCUAUCAUCUAUGACCAAUAUCUGAUGGAUAAUGUUAUCUCACUUCUCACUGGUUUGUCUGACUCACAAGUUCGAGCUUUCAGGCAUACUGCUACAUUAGCAGCAAUGAAACUGAUGACGGCCCUAGUAGAUGUUGCCCUCACUGUUUCUGUCAACUUGGAUAAUACUCAGCGUCAGUAUGAAUCGGAAAGGCAAAAGUCUCGGGAAAAACGUGCAUCUGAUCGCUUGGAAUCCCUGAUGACUAGGCGGCAGGAAUUAGAGGAGAAUAUGGAUGAAAUAAAGAACAUGCUCACAUACAUGUUCAAAUCAGUCUUUGUGCAUAGAUACAGGGACACUUUACCUGAAAUACGGUCAAUCUGUAUGGCAGAAAUUGGGCUCUGGAUGAAAAAGUUCCACCAGAACUUCUUGGAUGACUCAUAUUUGAAGUAUAUUGGCUGGACACUUCAUGAUAAAGUAGGAGAUGUACGUUUAAAGUGUCUCCAGGCCUUGCAGCCUUUAUAUGCCAGUGAGGAACUCAAGAGUAAGCUUGAGCUUUUCACUAGCAAAUUCAAGGAUCGCGUUGUUGCCAUGACUCUAGACAAAGAGUAUGAUGUUGCUGUCCAGGCUGUGAAACUGGUGAUAUCCAUCCUGAAAUACCACCGAGACAUUCUCACAGACAAGGAUUGUGAGCAUGUUUACGAACUUGUGUAUUCCUCUCAUCGUGCAGUAGCGCAAGCAGCUGGAGAGUUUCUUAAUGAACGUCUCUUCAUUCCGGACGAUGAAGCUGUGGCAGCAUUGAGAACAAAGAGAGGAAAAAAACGGAGACCAAAUACUCCUCUUAUUCGAGAUCUUGUUCAGUUCUUUAUUGAAUCUGAGCUUCAUGAACAUGGUGCUUAUCUGGUGGAUUCCUUGAUUGAAAGUAAUAGUAUGAUGAAAGAUUACGAAUGUAUGACUGAUUUGCUCUUGGAAGAACCUGGACCCAUGGAAGAACCACUGGAUGAUCGUCAGGAAACUAGUCUAAUAGAAAUCAUGGUCUGUUGCAUUAAGCAGGCAGCAACUGGAGAACCACCUGUUGGUCGAGGACCAACUAGAAAGCAAAUUCUCUCUGCAAAGGAACUGAAGCAAGUGAAUGAUGAUCGAGCCAAACUGACAGAACAUCUCAUUCCAACGCUGCCUCAACUUUUACACAAAUACAUUGCUGAUCCAGAGAAAGUUGCCAAUCUUCUCAUCAUACCACAAUAUUUUGAUUUGGAAGUGUAUACUACAAGUAGGCAAGAAAAGAACUUAGACAUCUUGUUGAAGUUAAUUCAAGAAGUUGCUGACAAACAUAGUGAUACAGAAGUCUUGGAAACUGCUGCAAAAACACUUGAGAUUCUGUGCAAUGAUGACUAUGCAAUAUAUUCCCGUUGUGAUAUUGCACGUUCCUCAUUGUUAGAUAUGGUAGUUAACAAGUACAAGGAAGCUAAUGAUGAAUAUUUUACGCUUAUUGAAGGGGAAGAAGAACCUGAUGAAGAUGAGACAUUUGCAUUAGUGUCGUCUGUGAAGAAGGUCUCGGUAUUUUAUUCCUGCCACAAUAUGGGUCCCUGUGAUAUCUGGGAUUCACUUCACAAGAAUAUUACUUUUGCUCAUGAUUCCAACAAAUUGUUACCAGAGGAGGUCACCAAAUAUUGUAUAUCAUCAUGCUUCUUUGGUGUCAUGUGGGAACUCCACCAAAUAGAAGAUAUGAUUGAGAAAAGAGCAGUAACCAGUGAAGUGAUUGAUGCACUUCGUACAAGACUGCACUUAUUUAUGGAUUCAUGUAAACGUCUCCUCACAAACUCCAGUAAUUCUAUUUUCAGAGAAGAAGCAUAUGUGACAAUUUGUGAUCUGCUCAUUAUCUUCAGUCGUCAACUUGUUGGCACCAAUCCAACUCUUACUUCCUUGUUGUAUGAACCAGAUCGAGCCUUGCAACAUCUGCUAAAUCAUUUCAUCCAGACAUACGUUUUUAUUGAUGAUGAUGAUGAGGAACAAGAUGAACAUGUAAAGAUUGAGGAAUUGCAUAAACGACGUAAUUUUCUUGCCACCUUUUGCAAGCUGAUUGUAUAUAAUGUGUUACCAACAAAAGUUGCUGCUGAUGUAUUCAAGCAUUAUGUCAGGUAUUAUGAUGAUUAUGGAGAUAUAAUCAAGGCAACACUAGGAAAAGCCCGAGAGAUAAACAAGGUCAAUUCUGCCCGUACGAUGGCUCUAGCAUUGACGAUGAUUUUCAGAGAAUUGCAGAAAGACAAUGUCAGGAUUAACCGCCAGAGUGUUGACUUCAUCAGCCUGAAAGAAUUGGCUAAGCGUUUCGCACUUUCCUUUGGCCUUGAUGCAGUGAAGAAUCGUGAGGCCAUCACAGCCCUACAUCGGGAGGGGAUAUUAUUUGCUGUCAAUCCAUUAGAAAAUCCUGUAGAUCCAACUGGCCCUCCUCCCAACUUGGCAUUCUUGGAGAUAUUGACUGAGUUCACAAACAAACUCCUAAAGCAAGAUAAGAGAGUUGUUUUAGCAUAUUUAGAUCGACGUAUUGCUGCUGGUAUGCCAAGCUCAAGGGGGGAGGAUUGGCAGCCCCUUCUUAUGUAUCGUAACUCCCUUGUUCAUGGCGAAGGAGAUCAGCCACCUCAAACCUCCAAGCGAGCAUAUACACGUAAAAGAAAGCACGUUGAUGACGAUGAUGAUGAUGAAGAAGAUGAUGAUGUACCCUUCCAGCCUGCAUAUGAAGAACCAAGAGAGACUAGUCGACCUCGUCGCCGACGCCGUCUGGAACAAACGCAUCCUGACAUCAUUGGCAGGAUCAUACGACACAAGUGGAAUAUAGAUGGGGAGGGAAUUGAUUGUACUGGAACAGUGUUGGGUAUUUCUGCUCCUGGAACUGUACCAGAGGAGUCAGAUGAUGCUGAAUUUGUCAGUGGCACUUGCUAUGAUGUUCAGUAUGAUGAUGAAGACUUCGUACGACACUUAAUCUUGGAAGGUGACUGGCAGCGUGGAGAUAUUCAAGUGUUGGGAAAGGCUCCCAACUUGCCCUAAAUGUUCAUUUCGUGUUUUUGAUAAAGAUUUAUGGAGAAUGAAAGUUAACGAGUAUCCUGUUAAUAUUAUUAGCACAGGUUACUCAUAAAAAUUUUACCAGAUUUCUAUUUUUAUAUGGAGAUUUUCUAUCAAAGUAGCUAUUGAUGAAAGUGACUAAUAUUUACUCUUGUCUAUAGUUUUGUAGUAUAUGUUAGAUGUGUUUUGUAUAUUAAGUAGCCAUAACUUCAGCACAAGAGUAGUUAUUUGUUGAAUGACUUGGUCUUAUAGAUUGACAAAUAAUUUUGUUCAGUAAGUAGUUGCCUUAAUUUAUCAAGUUAUACUUUUUAUUGCAUCUUUUUAUUGAUGCAAGGUAAGUAAUGUCUAAUAAAUUUUUGUCUAGUUUUCCAAAUAUGGAAUUAAUGAAAACAUACUUUGUAAUUCUUUUCUUUAUAAGUUUUACCCUAGGUAAGAGAAUAAUUUGUGGAAGUUUGAAUGAUUUCAGUUUUUUCUUGAGAUAUUCAUUUGAAAAUUUUAGAUUGCUUUUGAAUAUUUACAGACCAACACCUAUUAUUUCAGGUCUUCCUUGCAACUGUUGUUUGCAUUUUAUACUGACACCUUCAAAGCUCUUUCAUUAAAUAUUUUCUUAAUUUUUCAAGUUUUGCAUUUUAUCAUAUUUAAAAUUUUGACUAUAUUAAUUUAAAUAGGAAGCUUGCAUAUUUUGAAUUUUUCAGGCUUUCAUUACAUACUAUCAGCAUACUGUUUUCAGCAAUCAGUUGCUUCUCCUUUUAUUCCUUAAAAUCAUUAAAAUCUUUUACUGCAACAUUACAAAUAGAAUUUGUUGUAUAUUGCUUUCAUUUGCCAUUUUUGCUGUUAUAUGGCCUGUAGGCUGCUUGCCAUUUGUUUUAUUCACUUUCUGGUCAUAUAUUAUUGAAAGUGAUUAAUUUGAUGCAUGGUAAACUGUUCAUAUCUGCUGUAUAAGUUAAGUUUUGAUUAGGUUUCUUAGGACCAACUGAGUAUGGUUGCAUUUCAGUUCAAUGAGAAUUGAGGUUUUAUGACUUCAUACACUAAUAAUUGGGAUGAAGUAAGCAAAAAUGCAGUUUUAAUGCUUAAGUACCUUUAAGCACUUAUGGUAUAAUACAGUAAAUUGUGAUGAGUUUUUAUUUCAAACCUUCACUUACUUGAGGAGGUGUCAAAUCUAUUUUAAUUUUGUAUAUGGAAAUAUUUAAAUUGUCAGUUUUUACUUUAUUGUGUUUUAAGUUUCACAUAAAAGUUGGUUAGUAAAGUAAUGAUUGAUAAAUUAUCUUACUUUUAAGUUAUAAUUAAUAUAUGCCUGCUUUUAAGUUAUAAUCAACAUAUUCAUAUUUAUGCUUUUAAGUUAUAAUUAAUAUAUGCCUGCUUUUAAGUUAUAAUCAACAUAUUCAUAUUUAUGUACACAUACAUACUGAAUAUGUUUAUUAUAAGUACUAUACAAUAUGUAAACAAGAGUUAAGUUUCAUGAUCUACAGCACCAUAUGUUUUUCAUAAGUAAAAGAAAUAGCAUUGGUUUUAAUGGGAAGCAUUCUAUAAAUUGUCUUUCUCAUAAGUUGAUAAAAAACUUGGAAUUUUGAGAAUUUAUUUAAGGUGUUAGUUUGGACAUGCUCUAUCAUUGCAGGUAUAAUUUCUAAAGUAUUGAUAGUGUUUUAAUAGUUGUUUUAUGAUACAGAGGUACUUUGCUAGCAAACAAUUUUCAGAUAUCCAUAUUUUUGUAAUUAAAAACUUGGCAAAAUGAAAAUUGAGUGGUAAUUUUAUUUAAAAGGCAAAUGAAUUGUACAAAAGAUUUUGUAAAUAAAUUUUUUAAUCAUACUAA